UGCCUGCCGCCCCACCUGGGCAAGAGAGCAAACAAGCCGCCAGCCAGCCAGUCAGCCGCCCACGCUUCACCUCUCCAGCCUCCACGCCUGUUCUGGGGAGCUUCCUCACUAAAAACUGUGGCCUCCACAGCGGGGGACCCCUGGCCUUGCCCGGCAGACGAGACACUCAGACGGAGGAUGGCUCCUCCACCACCCCGAAGAGCGGAGCCUGUAGCCUCAGAAGCCCCGGAGAACCCGUCGGCCCUCCUCUUGGGGAGUUUGGCGUCCGUGGCCCCUGUCAUCCUGACGAUCCUUCUGCUGCUUCUCUGCUUCCACUUUAAAAGCAAAAAGCGGCAGUUCUCAACCGGAGAUCCCACGAGGGACCGAAACACCUCCGUGCUGCUUCGCAUGAUUGGAGGACAAAACGAGCCGAAUGCAGGAGCAACGCAUCUGGAGAAUGGAGGACUCUGCCAAGGCAGUUCUCCGGUCAGUUGCCGGCCAGAGAGGCCAACGAACGGAACGGUGGCUGCGGAGUUUCACCAAAGAAGUGCAAACUCUCAGACGGAAACGCCCACGAUGAGCCGAGCCUCCCCCAAGCGGUUCGCGCAGCGCAGGAAGAUGGAGGUAGACCACCUGCGAGGCACGGCUCCUCAACGGUUGUGUCCUAGAGCUGCAUCGCCAAGUGCCCUGCAGUUCAGGAAGCUGCCUAUGACCCCCAAAGAGGCUCACGUGCCCCGAAUAGAGCCGCUGAAUCAGGACGCGGACAAUGAGGUUUAUGAAAGCAUCUGCGAUGAAGCAAGAGAUCCAGGUGCUGGGGUUUGCAUGGAAAGUAGGAAGGGCGCUGAUUCAACAACCAGGGGACGGCCAAAUUCUGCUGGAGAGGGGGCCCCCUCUGCAGAAUCCACAGAAUCGGCUGGAAUGACGGUAGCAUGUGGUAGCACAACAGGGCAGCCGGCGGCCCACUGGCAACACAUUGAGUUCCCUAGCGAAUUGCCGGGUGUGGCAAGUGAGCAAGGGGCUCCACAUCCAGUAGCUCCGGAUACCGAGAAGCGGCUGAGCGCCAUGUAUGCCCGAGUGCGCAAGAGGCCCAAGGCGUUUCCGCAGCAAGAGCCUGGAAAGCCCGCAGAGCAAGAAGUGGAAGAGGAACCGCCACCUAUUCCAGAGAAACAUUUUGAGGAUAUCUAUGAGAGUCUGAGCGUUGAUGCCGUGGGGCAGGAUGGCAUGAGGACAGAACUGACAGUCCCUUCAGAGGCUUGAACACUUCAGGGAGCUGAGAGGCAAGUCUCCAGACCAGGCCAGGAUCCUGCAGUGGCUUCUUCUGGGCUUCUCUCUCAUGGGGACAGGGAAACUGAGGCACAGAACCUCAGCCGUCACAAGGAAACGGCUCAGGAACUGGGUUCCCUUUCGCUCCUGAGGGCUACCUUUGGGAGGUGGGUGAUGUGGCCAGCGGGGGUCCUGUUGCCCUGAUCGUGCUGUGAUGUGGACUUCUCUGAGUCACCAGCGGUUCGCCCCAAGAAUCACACAGGAGUGUGUUGUGGUGUUUAAGGGAACAGGCUGCACCUCCUUCUUACUUCCGAAUAAGGGGACGAAGAGACAAAGGACCAGCUUUGCACUUGAAAAGCGCUAAAACGUUUUCCCUUCUGAGAUGCAUUCUCCAAAGCUGCUGUGGGAUAGCAGUCUGAAUUGGAAAUGAAGCCCUUGCUUAUCUCCUGAGGACCAGUCACAAAAGAUGAGCAAGCAAAUCCACCAGGAUUCCCAGUGUGGUGUGGUGUACUGAAUAGUGACGGACCAGGACUCUGGGGAACCGGGUUUGAAUCCCUGCUCAGCCAGUAGAACUCACUGGAACAGUGGAACUGGUCGGACUAACCACUGACCUUGAAAGCCCUAUUAGGGUCUCUUUAGGUCCGUUCUCCAGAUCAUCAACAGCCUUCUCGUCUUGCUUCUCAUCUGUAAAAUGGACAUAAUAAAAGGGUGCCACCUUGAAUUGCCCUGGAGACAACAGUAGUGAGAUUUGGGCAUUACCUGGACAUGGCUUGAAUUCACCUCCAGGGUGUUGCAGGGAGAAACCCACCCAUCUAGAACUUUUAAAGAAUAUGGAACCUGAAUCUUUUGCCAAAGAUCUUCAAAUCCAACGCCGCCCACUUAGAUGAGACGUCUGCUAUUCCCUCUUAAUAACCGUGAUCCCAAAGUCAUCCUUCAUUCAUGGUUGGGAAAAUAGUCAUGCCUUAUCUGUUUUGCCGCUUCUGGGUGAACUUUAGAAAACACAUCGAAAUACAUAAAUUGGUGGCAGUUUUCCACCCAGCGGGUUGCCCUGCCCCCCAGCAUGCCUGUCUCAAUGAAGGCAUUGUCUUCUGCCCUAAUUCCCCCUUUUCUACCCCGAAACACUUUCUUCCUGGACUCUGGCUAGGACCUCUCUCGCAAAGCAACAAAGGGAGGCUAUGUUGAUGCGCGGCUGGCUGGCCCUGAGCGUGAAACAAAAGCAUGCCAUUUAGAAUUAGGCCUCUGAGAUCACCCAGAUGUUGCUGUCUUUUCCAGGGACCGCCUUGCCUUUCAGAACAGAAAACAGGCAAACGAUGGGCGGGCAGCCGGCUUUCGGAGAGCUGGAAGGGAGAGGAUGGAGCAUCUUUCUCCCCUUUUUCUCCCCUUGUUUGUUUCUGAUUAAAUUGGAAAGUCCAUUUUGGUUGGAUUCCGAAAGAUCUCCUGUAUGGAGAAUAAGUGCAGGGAAAUCGCCCCAGAGGG